AUGUCGACCGCCGAACUCGCUGUCUCCUACGCUGCUCUGAUCCUCGCCGAUGAUGGCGUCGAUGUCACCGUACGAUUCCUACUUCCUGAAGACCCGGCGCAUCUGGCGCAUGCCGACAAGCUCCAAACCUUGAUCAAGGCUGCUGGUGUCGAGGAUGUUGAGCCCAUCUGGACCUCCCUCUUCGCAAAGGCUCUUGAGGGCAAGGACGUCAAGGAACUUCUCUUGAACGUUGGCUCUGGAGGUGGUGCCGCUGCUGCCCCAGCUGCUGGAGGUGCUGCCGGUGGCGAGGCUGCCGCUGAGGAGGCUAAGCCAGAGGAGAAGGAAGAGGCCAAAGAGGAGUCCGACGAGGAUAUGGGUUUCGGUCUUUUCGACUAA